GCGGCGGCGCGGCCGGGAGGCAGGCGGGAAGGCGGGAGGGAGACGGCGGCGGCGCCGCGCUCGCCCCGCUGCCCUGGAUGACGGGCGGCCGGUUCGACUUCGACGAUGGCGGCACCUACUGCGGCGGCUGGGAGGACGGCAAAGCCCACGGGCACGGCAUCUGCACCGGGCCCAAGGGGCAGGGCGAGUACGCCGGCUCCUGGUCCCACGGCUUCGAGGUGGUGGGCGGCUACACCUGGCCCAGCGGCAACACCUACCUGGGCUACUGGGCGCAGGGCAAGCGCCACGGGCUGGGCGUGGAGACGAAGGGCAAAUGGAUGUACCGCGGCGAGUGGUCCCACGGCUUCAAGGGGCGCUACGGCGUGCGGCAGAGCCUCAGCACGCCGGCCCGCUACGAGGGCACCUGGAGCAACGGGCUGCAGGACGGCUACGGCGUCGAGACCUACGGGGACGGAGGUACCUACCAGGGGCAGUGGACAGGAGGGAUGCGACAUGGAUAUGGUGUACGUCAGAGUGUACCCUAUGGCAUGGCAACUGUGAUCCGUUCACCCCUCCGAACGUCUCUAGCUUCACUUCGAAGUGAGCAGAGCAAUGGCACAGUUCUGCAUGACAUCACUUCAGACAGUCCAGCUGGAACAAGAGGAGGUUUUGUGCUGAAUUUUCACAGUGAUCCAGAAGCCAUGGGCAUUAAGAAAAAGGGAGGCUUAUUCAGAAGAGGAUCCCUUCUUGGUAGUAUAAAACUUAGAAAAUCUGAAUCUAGAUCAUCGAUAUCUAGCAAACGGAGCUCCGUCAGGAGUGAUGCUGCUAUGAGCAGGAUUAGUUCUAGUGAUGCCAACUCUACAAUUAGUUUUGGAGAUGGUGACUGUGAUUAUUGCCCUAUGGAAGACCAUGUUGAUGCUACCACUACAGAAACCUAUAUGGGUGAAUGGAAGAAUGACAAGCGCAAUGGUUUUGGUAUUAGUGAGCGUUCAAAUGGUAUGAAAUAUGAAGGAGAAUGGCUAAAUAACCGGAGGCAUGGAUAUGGAUGUACCAUGUUUCCAGAUGGCACCAAAGAAGAGGGAAAAUAUAAAAAUAAUGUUUUGGUCCGUGGAAUAAGAAAGCAACUUAUACCAAUACGAAACACAAAAACUAGAGAAAAAGUGGAUAGAGCAAUUGAGGGAGCACAGCGAGCAGCUGCCAUGGCAAGAACCAAAGUGGAAAUUGCAACUUCAAGAACUGCACAUGCAAGAGCUAAAGCUGAUGCUGCGGAUCAGGCUGCUCAGGCUGCUCGCCAGGAAUGUGAUAUUGCAAGAGCAGUUGCCAGAGAACUUUCACCAAACUUCUAUCAACCAGGCCCUGAUUAUAUCAAACAAAAAUUUCAAGAAGGAGUGGAGAUGAAAGAAAAAUCUGAAGAAAAAGUCCAGGAAAAACCACCUACCCCAAAAGAGUCACCUCACUUUUAUCGAAAAGGUACUACACCCCCCCGGACCCCAGAAGCAAGUCCAAGGCAUAGUCCUCCUCUUUCUUCUGAGCCUUCCCCUUCAAAACAUCUGAAAAGGCAAAGCUCCACUUCUGGGGCAAGACUUAGUCAAGAAAAAAAGCUUUUAGCCACUGAGAGUGUAACACCCACCAUUAACAAGCCUUUAUAUUCAAAAGCACCAGUGAAGGAGGAAAUAGCUGUGAAACAUCAGCCAAAGUUUUCAGCCCAUCACAAUCCCAUCAGCCCAGAAAAUGGGGAGCUGCAUGAUCACUACCAUGGUUAUUAUGUAAAAAUGAAUCCAGCAGUGCUUCCACAGGAGCUCAGGGAAGAAGAUGAAUAUGCCAACCCAUCACCAUCAGCACUUGCACGAAUACCACCCUCACAGAAGCCAAGUCCUGCCAGAUCUGGGGGUAAGCCAGAUGCCAAAGAAAACAAAUCUGACACAAAAAUUAAGAAAACAGAAUUUACUGCACCAAAGAACCCAGCUAAUAAUACAUCUCUUUCACCAGUGGAAAAUGAAGUGGAAAACAGCUCGGGCCCUAACUCAGUUAUGAUUGCCCUGGUAAUGCUGUUGAAUAUUGGUCUAGCAAUUCUUUUUGUCCAUUUUCUAACUUGAUUGGAAUUAGGAAAGUGAAGUCAUGACAACUAGUGGUGUUAGCCCACAGUUCCCUGCAGUUGUGUCAUCCGCCUUUUAAAUGGCACCAGUCAGACUCAGACACAGGGAAGGAGGCUUGCAAUUAGGAUGGGACGCAAGAAAGAUGAAACUUGGAAAAUUCAGCCAGGGGCCUGCUCAGUUCUCUGCUGCUGGCUUGUGGCUUUGGGGUCUUCUGAAAGCUGAAGCAAGCAGCCCUGGAAAACGCACAGAGUAAUCUGCUGAAGCAGCCCCGCCAGUGAAGUGCGUUGGCUUCUCCAUCUGUUCCAGCAGAGUGUGACUAAACUGGAAAUGUUCGGAGCUGCACUUUUUGUUGAUGGAAGCUAACAGCUGCCUUACUAUUUUACCGUCUGAUGUUUUUAGUGGGGAGAUGGGAAAGCGACUGCCAGAGGAAUGUGGUCAGAGGAUUCUGUUGCUGUGGAAGUGAUUCCAGCGUUCACUCCUAUCUCAUUAGAAGAAAUAGUUAGUAGCAUCAGUCACCAGUCUUAUUCCAUUACCUGCUGCUUUUAACAUCUCCUGCAGUGUUCGGGGAGAUUGAAUUUCAUUUGCCUGUGCAUGAUUCUGUUCAUUCGCUGUUUAUGAAAUUUGAUGUAUAGCCGUAACAUAGUAUGUAGGCCAACCUGGAGAAAGUACUGGUUCUGCCUCACAGCAGAAGCAGAAAAUAAAGUCAUUGCUCUAUAUUUUUCAUUCAAAGAUACAGUUCUUAAAUUCAUUUUCCUAAAUCUCAAGAGUCUUUUAAAUUUAAGGUUUAGUAAGUAAUACACUGUGACCGCAAAAUUUAAAACAAUUGAUACCUUCCUAAAAGCCCUCAAAUGCUUGUGCCAUUGGCAUCAAAAUUUUUUGUAAUAAAAGAAUAAGGAUCAUAAGGCAGGAUCAGCACAUUAUAAAGAGGAAGUGUAAUACCAGAAUAAUCUAGGACAGACAAGAUACAGGGUUUGCAUGUUUGGUUGGGGUUUGUUUUUUUGUUUGUUUGUUUUUCCAAAAGUCUGGUGCUGUGGUAAUUGGUGAUUUGAAUUACUAUGUUUCAUCACUGAGAUAUUUUGCCAGCAGUUAAAAUAAAGUCUUGUCUGAGUGCAAAUUAAUGCCAUGACAGCUAAGCUAGCUAAUGCUCAUAAUAAAUUAUCAUAAUAUUAAAAUACUAGAUUUGUGUUGAAUACAUUCAGGUAGAGCAUUUAGAACUGUUAAGUGACUGUUUAUCAAUUUUAUGCCUUCAGUGUCUUUAAAGUCCAUUUAUAAUUUUACCUCAGCAUUAAAAAAGCCUCAAAAGUUUUCAUUUAGAAAGUUUGUCUUAAGUAGUUUCACAGCCCUUUGUUAAGAUGAUGUGAUCAUGUUUCUUUUAUGUGUCAUUUCACUGUAAUUAAUGUACCCUAUAUUAAUCAAAAGCAUGCUUAUUUACUUAAAGUAUAUGUGGUGUGAUCAUUUGGAAAGUAAAUAUUUUAAUUUAAAACUACGAAAAGCAAAGGGCUUGUAUUAUGGUUAUUUUUUUCUCUGUUAGAAAAUAUUUCAUACAAUAUAGUUUUUGAACCUGUUUGUAAACUUUGUAAGUUUUUGCAUGGUUUAAUGGGCAACAUUCUUAAUAACUACAUUAGCUGCCUCUUCAUGCAGCAUAGUGAAGUAAUAUAGGUGUGGACUGAAUAUUGUGUAGCCAAACAGCUCCAAGCAGGGCAGUAACGCCAUGGUGUUUUUUACAGAAGUAUGUUGAGAAUCCUGUGUUUUGACCAGUGUGGAUAAAGAAGAAAGCAGAAAGAGAGCAAAUGAAAAUAAAACCUGUAUAUUUAUUUUUAAAAAAAUUAAAAUUCUGUUUUAAAUAUAGGAAAGUAAUUUUUAAAUAAGAAAAAUUUUAAAAGUAACUGUGUAAGCCUUGACAUAAUGGACAAAGUGUUCCAUCCAAUACUGAAAUCACCCCAUCUCCUUGUCGUGGAGAGAUAAUUUUGUAACUGACAUAUUUAAUUCCUACUAAAUGUUUAUUUAAAAUACUUUAUGCUCUGGAAAUAAUGGGUAACAAAGCUUAUGAAAAUCUUUAUAAAUUUAAGUAAGCAUGUUAGUACCAUUUAUAAAUAUGUAUGAUUUAUAAGCUUUUUUAAAAACAAAGCUCAAACAAAUUGUUGGUAUUUUUCUAAAAUGUGCACAGCUGUAUUUUACAUGAAAGGCUAUUUAUAAUUGGUUGUUAUACUGUACACUACAUUUUGGACAGCACAAUGAAGCCUGCCAAUGUACUUAAUAAUGUCAUUUUGUCUAUUUAAAGUUUAUUGCUGUCAAAGAAUGAACUCUUUAUCUAUAAGUUUCUCUAUUUAUAGUUCUUGAACCCAAAAUGUAUAAUGUACAGUUUUCACAACUGUAUUUGCUCUAAUAAAAAUAAGUUGGUUAUUAAUAGAGUUUCAGACUAGUUUUUCCAGUUUAUUUUUUCCCCGUGGAAAAACAAAUCUACCAAAUUCAACAAAUGAGAAAUGAAACCAAGAGAAUUAGUGAAGUGCUGGCCUCUUUUAAAUCAUUGUGAGUUAUUGCAUUCAACAGAAGUAUAAAAAAGAUAAAAUAUAUAAA